GCAAAAUUCAAAGAUUUUAUGGACAAAACUAAAAUUAAACAUAUACUGAAUGCCGUAGCGACCCCGAGAGCGAAUGGGCAGGUGGAAAGAUUUAACCGCACUAUCUCAGAUGCCUUAAGUACAAAGUGUCAUGGAGGUAAUGAUAGCAUAUGGGACGAAUACAUCGGUGAUAUACAAUUAGGAAUUAAUACAACGGUCAAUAAAAGCACGGGUAAAAGCCCCUCUGAAUUAUUAUUUGGGUGUAAAUUAGUUAGUGCCUCAGAAAACCUGUUGGUUGACGUGAUUGAUGAAACAUACGAGCGGGUUACUGGCGAUGAUCUGAUGCAGUUGAGAUCAGAUACUAAAAAUAAAAUAGAGAAACAACAAGAAUACGCUCAAAAGCAAUUUAACAAACAUAGAAAAAGACAAACUAGUUAUAAGGUAGGUGACCUUGUUAGGAUUGAAAGAACCGUUAUCGAUAAAGACCACAUAGGAAAAUCUAAAAAACUGAUCCCUAAAUUUCAAGGGCCCUAUAGAAUUUUAAAAAUUUUGUCAAAUGAUCGGUUUUUAGUUGAAGAUACCCCCUUAACGAGAAAAGGGAAUAAAAGAUAUGAAAACGUUAUCGCUUUAGACAAAAUUCAUCCCUGGAUGAACUUUACUGGUUAUUCCAGUGACACUGAAAGUGAGCAGGGUAACAAUACCGAUGCAACCGAUGAGUGA